AUGUCGGCCAGCCACACCAACCAGCUGAGCGAGUCUAGCCAGAUUGUCAAGUCGUGCGCCCUUCAAUUGACAGACAAGGAUCUUUUUGAUCAAUGGACCCACGCACACAAGCUGCGGGGUGACGGUGCUUCCAACACUGUAGUAUGGUUCUAG